AGGAAUUAGGGUUUCUUUGAUCAACCCUCUUUCUUCUUAUGCGUUUCCUCUUUGGGAGGUAGAUCUCUUCUCUCUUUGAUUUCCAUUCUGUGGAGCAUCAAACCUAGGUUAUGGUUGUUUAGGGUUAUGCCUAGAUCACGCCUUCCUCACGGUAUAGGAGAAUCCCAUGCUUCACCGAGUUCUGGUUCGUUCUUCCAUUGUCCUUUCAAAGGAUACGAUGGUUGUGGAGAUGGAGUUGGAGGUAGAGGGUAUGCUAGGGGGUCUUGGAUUAUGCACAUCAAUGAUAAAUAUUUUUUCUAUGGGAAGGAAACUGCUCGAUGUAGACUUAGACUGGAAUCUGCUCAUCAUGUGUUUCCAGGUUUGUGAGGGGGUACUUUCUCAUCUCCAAAUGUGGUUAUGCUCUGAAUGUAUGAAGAUUCACACUUAGUCGUUCUUGCAAGUCUCAGCUGCACCCAGGGGGUUCCCUUUCCAGUCCCUGGAAUGGUAGAGAAGCUGAGUUUAUUAUACGCGGUAUAUCUUGUCCUCAUUCUCCCCUCCCUGCUUUGGUUCUCCCCACUGAUUGCGACAGUGUGGGUGAUCCCCCUUCCCGUCCUGUCAGUCUCAAUUUGGAAUUGAUAAACGAGGUUUUUCAGAAACAGUUGCGAACUGUUAACCACAUACCCCCUAAAUGUAAGUUACAGUUCUCACGAGCUUUGAAGUUUACUUUAGAUAGGGUUCUGUCAAACCCCAGGGACGUCAUAAAUUGGGUUCAAUUACUGCUCCUGCCUGUUUGUGUCUUGCAUUUAUAUAUUCCCAAAAACAGUCAAGAGGAAAAAUCGUGUGUUCGAAAAAAGUUGCAGAUUGCUUCUAUUAAUCGUUCUAUCUCACAGUGGUUUGAACCCAAUGUUUGUUACAUGCUGAUUCAUGAGUUACUGGCAGAACACGAUCGGAAAAACCAGCAGUCUAAGAAGCCACAGCGUAAGAGGGUUAGCCAAGAAGUUUUAAACUUGAGGGUGUGCAAAAAGAAGAUUAGGAAUGGUUUGUUCACUGUUGCGAUUAAGCUUUUAACUUCAAGUGGCAUCGCUCCUGUUGGUGAAGACACUUUGAAGGGUUUGCAUGACGAUCAUCCGUUUGCACCACCUCCCAUCAUCCCCACCUCGCCAACUGUUUACAGUAGUGUCGUCACUUCCAGAUACAUGGUACUUGGCAAAAUAAGAAGUUUCCCGAGAGGGACUUCUUGUGGCAGGGACGGCUUAAGAGUACAACACCUACUUGAUGCUCUUAACGGUUCUGCUGAGGCCGUUGCGGACGAGUUAUUGGAAUCUAUAACGGGGGUGAUAAAUCUAUGGUUUGAUGGUUUCUGCCCUGCUCAGUUGGGAGUUUAUAUAGCUAGCGCACCUCUUACGCCUCUUCUUAAACCUGACUGUGAUAUCCGUCCCAUAGUUGUCGGCACGGUUUGGAGGCGACUUAUGUCCAAGGUUGCAGCAUCCGCGGUUGGUAAACAGUUGUGUACCUAUUUGGAGGAUUUCCAGUUUGGUGUUGGUGUCCCCUGUGGAGGUGAAGCAAUCUUACACUCUGUCAACCGGCUUAUCUUAGACAAAGGUCAUUGCUCUUACAUGACGACGUUGUUGGUAGAUUUUCGCAACGCUUUUAAUAUGCACAAGGGGUUCAACAGGGCGACCCUCUCGGUCCUCUUCUUUUUGCCCUUACUCUUCAUCCUUCGGUUAAAAUGAUCGCCGAAAGGUGCCAAUUGGACCUUCAGGAUUGGUAUUUAGAUGAUGUUACCUUGAUUGGGGACACUUUAAUGGUUUCCAAGGCCUUCAAUAUCAUUCAAACCGAAGGAGGUAAGUAUGGGCUUCACCUGAAUGUUUCCAAAACAGAGGUUUUUUGGCCUUUGUUGGAUGUUAGAUGUGUUACUGCUUUCCCUCCUCAAGUCAGUAGGCCAGUACAUGGGGUCAAGCUGCUAGGUGGGCCGGUUAAUUUGGAUCAUAACUUCUGUAGUAAUUUGGUUCACAGUAGGGUGGAUAAGACUACAGCCUUGAUGGAUGCAGUCUUGAAACGCAGUGUGAGUUGCACUUACUGAGAAGUUGUGCAGGGGUUUCUAAACUCUAUUUUUCCAUGAUGACUACUAGGCCGGAAUACCUUGCUGACUCUCAAGCCGCCUUCGAUGCACAUUUGUCUCAGCACCUGCGUCACAUUAUUACGAUUGAUGGACCUGGGUUAGGUUUGCUGCAGUUUCGGACUGCUUCUUUGCCUCUCAGAUAUGGUGGUCUAGGCAUUUAUUUUAUGGUGGAUGCUAUGCAUUAUUGUUAUUUAGCGUCUCGUAUUCAAACUCAGCCUCUUCAGACUGUCAUCCUUUGUAACACCCAUAUACAAGGCCCUGAUAUUGGCCUUCAGCGUGCUCUUGAGUUGUUCUCUAAUGUUUGUGGCCCUGAAGUCAACGUCGAUGUUACUGCCCCCACCCCAUGAAGACUUUGGCAGUUAAAUAUUUUGAUGUUGUCAUGAAGGAGAUGCCUUCCAAAUAUGCCAUGUCUACGCGUGACAGUGCCCUUUGGCAAUGUAACAAAGCUAGUCAUGCCCAAGAUUUCCUCAAGGCUUUGCCAAUUGAAGGGCUUAAUCAGAGGGUUGGUGCCAGAAAAUUUAGUGUUGUUUUGAGCUAUCAGUUGGGUAUUCCUCUUUUCCCCGAACAUAGCUCCUGUGCUUCAUGUAAUAGAGACAUGGAUUUGGGGAUCAUGCCUUGCAUUGUGCGAAAGAUGUUGGUACUAAAUACCGGCAUGAUAUUGCUCGUGAUUCUAUUGUAGACAUGUGUUAUCGGGCUGCAGUUCCUGCAAGGAAGGAAGUGGAUUUGGGGUUCUUGUCCAAUGAGGGGAAUGGUUUGCGUUCGGCUGAUAUACUUGUUCUUAACUGGGAUAAUGGUCAUGAUGUUUGCUUCGAUGUCACUGGGGUGUCACCUUUCACAGGUAAUUGGGCUAAAACCUUCCGUCCAGGCGAUGCUUUGAGCAAUGAUAUUACUCGUAAAAAUAAGAAAUAUCUUGAUAAAUUCGUGGCUCAAGGGUAUGGUUUUGGUGCUUUGCCUUCACAACACUCGGUGAUCUGGGGGAGAAUUUAGUGGAUUUACUGAAGCGGCUACGUAACCAUUUAUCUAGGUUUGAUGUUACGGCUAAGAAAUGUAAUUACUUUUU